AUGUAUAUGAGGCUGAUGAAGUAUUUUGAGGAGAAUAUCUCGAAGAUGUCCCCGACUGAUACUCAGGGCUAUGUGAGCGCUGCAAAAUCGUUUCGUCUGAUGAUGUCAGGAAGUGCGGCGCUUCCAUUCUCACUUCAAAGCAAAUGGAUCAAGCUGUUAGACGGUAAGCGAAUACUAGAGAGAUAUGGCGCAACAGAGUUUGGCAGUGUCUUCAGCGUAAAACCUGGCGACUCGAAUAAUCCAGACGGCUCUGUCGGGAAACCGUUCUUCGGGCUUGAGGUCAAACUCUCGAAUGGGAGCGAGGGAGAGAUCUUAGUGAAAAGCCCACAUAUGUUCCGAGAAUAUCUACACGAUCCGGUAGCUACUACUGCCGCCUUUACGCCGGAUGGCUAUUACAAGACUGGAGAUAUUGCCAGACGCGAGGGCGACUACUAUUUCAUUCUUGGCCGAGCUUCGAUUGACAUCAUAAAAUCUGGAGGAUAUAAGAUUUCAGCUCUCGAUAUUGAGCGCGAGCUCCUUAAUUUGUCUUAUGUCACCGAAGCCAUGGUCAUCGGGGUUGCUGAUGAGGAAUAUGGACAAAGAGUGGCCGCCGCUAUUAUACUAAGAGACGAUUGUCAGGCGUCAUCCCUCCGAUUAGAAAAGCUACGUGCUGAUCUGCGAUCACGACUGGCAGGAUACAAGCUACCGACAAUUUUGCGAGUGGUCAAAGAGUUUCCCAAAAGUGCAUCGGGGAAGGUUGUGAAACGAGUCUUAGGUAAACAACUCUUCUCUGAGCUCAACGACCCGCAUAUUCAGGUCUGGCGGUCUCACAAGGGCGGCCAGACCAAGCUCUAA